AUGCAUCGCACAUAUUCCAUGCGCCAGUCGAGGGCGCCCACCGCCUCGCAGAUCCAGAACCCGCCUCCGCCGCCUUCUUCCACCAAGUCUGGUCGCCUGUUCAAGGGAGGAUUUGGCCAUGCUCUUCGCCACAAGUCAGCCGGUGCCUUUGGCCCAGACCUCGCAAAGAAGCUGUCUCAGCUGGUAAAGAUGGAGAAGAACGUCAUGCGCAGUCUCGAGCAGGUAGCAAGAGAGCGUAUGGAGGUUGCUCAACAACUUUCCAUUUGGGGCGAGGCUUGCGACGAAGAUGUAUCCGAUGUAACCGACAAGCUUGGAGUUCUGCUCUACGAAAUCGGCGAACUCGAGGACCAAUACGUCGACCGAUAUGAUCAAUACCGUGUCACGAUCAAGAGCAUUCGUAACAUUGAGGCUUCUGUUCAACCCAGCCGAGACCGCAAGCAAAAGAUCACCGACCAGAUCGCUCAGCUCAAGUACAAGGAGCCCAAUUCCCCCAAGAUUGUCGUUCUUGAACAGGAGUUGGUGCGUGCUGAGGCCGAGUCGUUGGUCGCAGAGGCCCAGCUGUCCAACAUCACGCGCGAGAAGAUUAAGGCUGCCUAUACCUAUCAGUUCGAUGCUCUCAGAGAGCACUGCGAAAAGGUUGCCAUCGUCGCCGGCUACGGAAAGCACCUGCUCGAGCUGAUUGACGAUACUCCCGUCACUCCCGGAGAGACGCGCGCAGCUUAUGACGGAUAUGAGGCUAGCAAGGCCAUCAUCCAGGAUUGCGAGGAUGCUUUGACCAACUGGGUCACAUCUCAAGCUGCUGUGUCUUCCAAGCUGUCAACUCGCGCACGCACCCUGUCAACACGCCGCAGAAAUAACAUCAGGGCACGUGCUGAGGGAGGUCACGACCUUUCGGGGCAAGAUGUUCCGUUGAACGACGACUCGUCGUGGACGCGGGCCCAUAACAAGGAAACCGAGUACAGCGACGAGGACGAAGAGGAUGACAUCCACCACUCUGUCGUUGGUACUGAUGACGGCCUCGGCGGUGAGACGAGAGGCCGCCAACACGAAAGCAUUGCCGCAUAA